AUGACUGAAGCCUCGGCCAGGAACACCAGCACUACCAACCACGGCUCACGGUCUAGCCCAGCAGCACACGCACCUCUGGAACUACCGGCUAGGAUGGAAGCGUCUGCGCGGCACGUUGUAUCAGGCUGCUGCGUUUUCCCCACGGAGGAACACUUGUGUGCAGAAAUCAUCGACUAUCCAAAUGGCCUGUGUGGUAGGAUGCGAUUACAACAACAGUGUCGAUACUUUCCUGAGAGUAACUGCAGAGGAAGUAGAGAGCGCGAGGCAUCCAGCUCUCUGAGCUCAGAGUCCGGUAAAAAUGGCGGAAGCCGUACAGCUAGCAGCGCGGCAGAUCCAGUCUUCACCUCUGAAUCAUCGAGUUUGAGUGCCGGUUCUGUCUUGACACCGCAGGGCGUUCCGAGUGAUUGCCGCAGUAGCGAGAUCACCACUGCCGACUUUUAUGACUCGCAGGCGACCGAAAGCGCCUGCGAAGACGAGCCGUCGGUUUUUGAAGAUGCAGAGGAAGAGUAG